UGUAGACCAGUCAGGCAUGCUGGAGAGAGCCAAGGAGCAUUACCGGGAUGUGAAGAAGGUUCUGAACAUCCCAAUGGAGUCAGUAGUGUUUCAAAAGAGAAAGAACCGAGAGGAGAGGAUGAGAACUCUUUUCAAUGCUCUAAUGGCCUCAAAGUCCGACGCUGGUCUGUCCUCACUCCUUACCUCUCUGAAGAGUGGGCUGAAGGAGCCCAAAUCCACCACUGGUCUCUGGUUUGCGACACUGCAGAGUGAUGCCACAGAAUUGUCUGGAGACAGAGACUCCCAAUACAACCUCAUACUGCAGAAGAUCUCAGAGUUUCAAAGCUUCUCCAACAAAAAGCUCCCCUACUCCAAGGAGAAGUUCUGUCUCCUGGUCCUCUCCAUGUCACCCAAUCAGCUGCUUCGACCGGCCAUGCAGGAAGCACUGCUCUUCCUCACGGAGAACGUGCUGCUGUUGUUGCCGCGGCAACUCAAACAGUGGUACCAGUACCUGAAGCUCCCCUUCCCCACCACUGCAACCGCCUCCUAAAAAAAGGAUCCUCCUACUUGCACUGGUGCUCUCUCUGUUCUUCACUACCUGUCUACAAUGUGGGCCUGGGACUUACAGGCCUGGGUUGAGUCUGAAAUGGUUCCUUAUCCUCAACAUAGACCCGUAAUAUUGGGGAAUAUAGUCAUUUCAGACAGCCCUGGGUUCUUGGUGGGAUAUCCAGUGUUGGGGGCUCAGGUCAAGAUGAUCUGUUAACUGGUUGAUACAUUAAAAUGUGUUAAAAAAGA